GAGAAUGAAAGCUUUGAUGAAUUGGUAAGGAUUGGUGGAAACGGCUGGUUUACAGUCGGUUUAUUAUGAGUCAGGAUGAAUGAAUUGACCCAGGAGCCCUAACUGGCACGAUACUAAAGUUUUCAACGCCAGCGAAUAGAUACCUAAUUGAAUGAAGUUGAUCAGUGUAAAUGAAGAAACACAAACAUAGUUCAGUGAGAGGCACUGAGUGCUCCAACUAAGGUUCUUGAUUAUUUCCAAUAUAAUCGGGCUGAUGGAUUUAGUCAAAAGUGAUGAGUGUUGAAGAGAAAAAAUGAUUCACCAGAAGGUUCAAGACUAAAAACUGGCAUCGUAAAUCCAACUAAUGUUAGGCAUCCAUUUUGGCUCCGGAAAAAGUGAUCUUAGCCUCCGUUUUUCCUUGGAAUUGCUUUAGAUUUGCGGUACCUACUGACUUUCUCAGUUGGCUCGGUUGGGAAUUUUUGAGUGAUGUACUACUGACAGUUGUUGUGUGAAUGAGACCGAUGAAGAUGUUGUUACUGUUGAUGACGAUGAUGACGGUUAUGAUGGGUCGUGUACAAUCAAGAUGGACCGUCGACGGAAUUCAACGGGAGCGUCAGUUGGCACGUGCGAUUUGUCUUAUAUGAUAAGAUUAUCGUUCAAACAACGCACACAGCAGCGGCCAUUGGCGCUGAAGGCAGGGAGCUCAGUGACUUGCAGCCUUCAAGAUGGCGCUGUACGAAGCGACAACCGUGGACAGUUUUCUGUCCCGGUACACGACGGCCGUUUCGACCGGAAUGGCCCGAGGAACGGGAACCGUGGACGAUCUGCUGUUCUCACACUCAACCUCGGCCGGAAACCUAACGACUGAGGUUUCCGUCGGAAAUGAUACGGUCAUCCCGGAGGAAUCCGAACCCACCUACUCGCUGUUGCAGAUCAUCAUCCUCGGCAUUAUAGCUACGGUUCUCAGUAUAUUGACCGUUGCCGGAAAUGUGAUGGUGAUGAUUUCGUUCAAGAUCGACAAACAGCUGCAAACGAUAAGCAACUAUUUUUUGUUCUCACUGGCCAUUGCGGAUUUUGCGAUCGGACUGAUAUCGAUGCCACUGUUCUCGGUGACGACCUUGCUGGGAUAUUGGCCCUUGGGACCUCAUAUAUGUGACACGUGGCUGGCACUGGACUAUCUGGCAUCGAAUGCCUCCGUGCUGAAUUUACUCAUCAUCAGCUUCGAUAGAUACUUUAGCGUGACAAGGCCUCUUACAUAUCGAGCGAAGCGUACGACAACUCGGGCCGCCAUCAUGAUUGGCGCCGCCUGGGGCAUCAGUUUGCUGCUUUGGCCACCGUGGAUCUACAGCUGGCCGUACAUCGAGGGCAAACGGACGGUCCCGGAGAAGGAGUGCUACAUUCAGUUUAUCGAGACCAACCACUACAUUACCUUUGGAACGGCCAUCGCGGCGUUUUACGUUCCGGUGACGGUCAUGUGUUUCCUGUACUACCGGAUAUGGCGGGAAACGAAGAAGCGACAGAAAGACUUGAAAAACCUGACCGGAGACCGGAAGAAGGACUCGUCGAAGCGAUCCAACUCGAGUGAUGAAAACACGGCCGUCAAUCACUCGGGAGCAAUAGCGCAGCUGGCCAACGCGGAACCGGACGGAUGGCGGAGGCCUCGGAGCGAAUCCUCGGCAGAUGCCGAAAGUGUUUACAUGACAAAUGCAGUGAUGAGUGACUCGGGCUAUGGCCACGGGAUGCUCUCGAGGCGAUCUAGUCUUCCGACCACCAAUGGACCACCCGGACAGAAAUCGACCACCUUCUUCGGCGGCAUCAAGGAGUGGUGCAUCGCGUGGUGGCACUCGGGCCGGGAAGAUUCCGACGAGUACGGGUACGACGCCGAGGAGCCUUCGGAUCUAGGAUGCACGUCGUUGAACGUCAUCCGGGAUCCAUACGUGACCACUGGUCGGGGUAAUGUGGUCAGCAUGAUACCGGAUAUAUCACCGACCCCUAUGCGGCCAACGUUGCCACCAAUGUCCCAUAUGCAGGACAUGCACGGACCAAGAGAUUCACGCUCACUACCGAAUAGUAAUCGUCUGGGUUCACGAUCCGUGAGCCAGGACUCUGUAUAUACGAUUUUGAUACGGCUGCCUCCGGAGGGUGGAUCCGGGGAAGAAAGAGCUCCAUCGAUAAAGAUGAUCCAGGACGAUGUGCCAAUGUCGAUGACGGUUCCUCCGAGAAGGCCUUUGCCGUCGAGGGAUUCGGAUUACAUAAUCCCAGUUGGACGGCGCCAAUCGACAGCAACGGCCGACAUCCGGCUUCCGUUGACCACCAAAAUCAUACCAAAACCUUUGUCCAAAGCACAACAAAUCCACCAAGCCAACAUGAUCCAAACGGCCCGGCAGGUCAAGAAGAAGAAAAAGUCUCAGGAAAAGCGUCAGGAAACGAAAGCCGCCAAAACGCUGUCGGCCAUUUUGCUGUCGUUCAUCAUCACGUGGACCCCGUACAACAUCCUGGUGCUGCUGAAACCAGUGACGACCUGCAACGAUUGCAUACCGCAGGAGUUGUGGGAUUUUUUCUACGCCCUGUGCUACAUCAACUCCACCAUCAAUCCGGUCUGUUACGCCCUGUGCAAUGCGUCCUUCCGGAGGACCUACGUGCGGAUUCUGACCUGCAAGUGGCACACCCGCAAUCGAGAAGCAAUGACCCGGGGCGUUUACAACUAGUCCGUUUGGGGCUAAAUCCCCAUCGCGCGUUUGUUUUGAACUGAAAACACUAGAACUGAU